AUGGCUCUGUCAACAUCCUACAUGCUCUUCUACAACAAUCUAGUAUCUCGUUUGUCAUGUACUAUGCGCAUUGGUGUGCCCAGUCUGCCAAAUUGGUCUACGAAUUUCAUCGAGCAUCAAAAAAGUUCAAAGGACAGGUAUAACAGGGCACAGUUUUUUCAGUACUCAACUGGUAUAUUUUUGGUGGUGACAGCACAGUAUAGGGAGACAACCAGUAGGGCCACUUAGGGGAGAGAAAAGUGGCAAUUAUUUAAGCUAGGUUCCAGGUGUCUUACACGGCCAAAAUCAUUAUUCUGUAGUACAAUUUUAUAGUGGACUGCUGCCGUUUACUGGCUGCCAAUAUGUAAAUUAGGUUGGCAGCCAGUAAACAAUGUAGACACUUUUUUAUGCUGAGUGGCCCUACUGUACUUUUUCUAUACUGUGGUGACAGUUUGAACCUUUAUUAAUGUUGUGAUGAACAUUUUGAAUUUUUCAUCAGGUUUCUUUCGUUGCAAUCAACUGCUGGACUGGUUCCUGUAGGAAACAUAAUUUUCCAAAUUCAUAUCCGUUAUUGUUCCUUGUUCACACAAAAUAUGAACCUGUGGAAUAUAGGGGGAGACGGAAAUUUAUAG